CUCAAACAUACGCAAUGCUGGGAGUCGGUUAUGAGAGUAGUGACGAGGACGAGGUGCUCCCAGCGACAACGGCCAAGGUGAGUUAUGCACAUGCGCUUGCGGGGACUUUGAUAGCUACUGAUAUUAAGCUGGCGACCGUGCCUGUAGCAGCACCUCAACCAGCCCUUCGACAAGUCACUCCGCCAGCGUCCGCCCCAGUCAAUGGGCCUGCGCAAGGUCCAACCGUGUCGCCGCCUCCACCAGAAAACGAUGCCGACAGCGUUGUUCCUCCUGGCUCCCCAUACACGUCGAGUCGGGCCAUUAUCCAAAACUUGACCUUGCCGACCGUGCCAAACUUCGAGAUCCCUCCUUCGCCCCCGGGGUCGCCGCCGCAACGAGCGACGAAGAAAUUUGCCCAGUUCCUUGAGCUCAAAAAGAAGGGUCAACAUUUCAAUCAGCGACUUGAGAGCUCUUCGGUUCUGCGCGAUCCAGGCCAUCUGCAAAAGCUGAUGGACUUUGCUGGGAUUGGUGAGGAGGAACAGUACGCCUCUACGCUACCGGAAGGCUUUGCUGUGCCCACAGUGUUUCCUCCUUGGGCGUAUGUAGAGGAGCUGAGGGCCUCACAGAAGCGCAUCUUCAAGGCAAAGGAACAGGAAAAGUCUAGGACGCCCAGAGGGGCUGUUGACUUCGUAGCCGCUACAAACCCUGGCAAAACAUCUACGGUGCAAAGUGCAGGGAAAAGAAAGGAACUUGAACACAGAAGCCGGGAAGGGUCGCCUAAGAGGAGAAGAUGAGCCAGCUCCCAGUCACGUGCUGAUUUCUACGUAUCUGUGUACGUAUAAGCCGCAGAGUAUCCCUGUCAGGGUCUGCUGCUUGUGCUGUUUGUUUGCGUAUUUUCCUUGUGUGGUGUCUGGAAUUUGCGCCAGGCACGUUUCGAGACGCAGCCUUGGCGGAUUUGCACCUUCCGGCGAUCGGCGCAUGCGUCAUCAGGGUACUUGCCCAGUCAGGCACAUAGCGCGUUCAACGUAAUCUGAAGAUUCUAUCAACACUGUUUGCAGACAACGUGACAC